AUGCGUCGACAAGGCUGUCAGCGUCUGAGAGCGGUGGACACCUUCGCUGUCCUUGCAAGGGCCCAGUACCAGCUGUCCUAUCGUGCAGCUUCUUCUGCCACCAGCUUUUCCGUAGCGAGUUCGCCAACCUCCCUUGAUAGCGCCACUCAUGCACCUCCCCCGCGACUGCAUCGGCCGCGUUAUUCGGGCAGCGGUGCGUGCUCUCCCGCGUUAUUCCGCCCUACCCGCAUCGCCCGCAUCCCCCCACAGCUCCUACGCUUCCUUGUCGCCAGCAGUGCGGCUCUUCUACAAGUUUUCCUCGUCUCUUUUCACCGCGAGAGUCGUCGGUUGAAAUACGAGGCGGAGGCGACCGUGACGGCCGACGGAAGCGCAGGCAGCAGGCGUCACAUGUCGGGUGUGGAGGCGGUGCAGGUGCUUGGGUUGGACCGCAGCUACCCAGUCCUCUUCAAUGAGAUUCAGAAGGCGGAAAGCAAUAAGGCACAGUCCGCCGCCUCCGCUUCGUUCUCCCCCACGCCUCUGCCGCUACGCGAUGGCAGGGCAAGGGAGGAGGCAAAGCGCAACUUUGAGCGCAUGUUCGCGCUGGCCAUCAAAGAGGAGAACUUGUUUCUGGCUGGCAAACUCAGCGCUGCCUACCGCGUCUGUGUGGAUCCGAUGUGGGACCAAUCGGAGGAGGUGGCGGAAAACCAAAGCAAAGCGUCCCCGGAAGAUGAACGAGAAAAGCACUGA